UAUACAUUUAGUGUGUGGAGAGAAGUCAGGCCCUAACAUGGCACAUGUGACGAUUGUUGUGUUCGUUUUAGCCAGUGCCACUGCUGUUUAUGGCUGGACGCCGCUAGGCAUUGGGGUAGCAUAUGAGGAUUACGGAUUUGGAAAAAACGUUCUGAUAUGUUACGGCGGAUACGGGGUAACGGAUACGUGGGCACGUGCCUGGGCAGACCGGCUGGUGACCCAUUCCGAUCUCAGGAGUCUGGCAGUGGGGAAGGUCUAUGCAGUUAAAGGCCCUCGGGAUGUCUUGUAUAAUGCAAAGGAGAUUUCCAACUCCAAAUUGGUACAGCACCUUCUUGCUCACCAGAGUCCAGGGUUUGUAGCUGUGGCGGCACAUUCCAGCGGAGCCUUUGUUGCCAAUGAAUUCUUCAGUCAGCUAGUUGCCAAUGACAUCAACAGAAAGUUCAAUCAGAAAAUAAUCUACUACAAUUUGGACGGUGAUGGAGGACCUUAUGGUAAUGCCCUAUCCAUGUUGAGGAAGGAAUAUUUUGUGUAUGCUAGGAUGGGAUCUAUGUUCUCAAUGAAUGCCAAUUCGAUGAAAUCCCAUGGCCGAAGCGAUCAGCUUAUAGAGUUGGACGGGAGUGGUUCCCACUGUCAGAACAGCCGGUGCCUCCACGACGUCAUGAUCAUUCACCACCCUUGGAAUCCCACCAACUUCGACGUGAGCCGCGACUACAGCCUGUACGCACUUGGAGACAGGGAGGUCCAGCUAGGAUACAUUUCUGACACAGUGUCCCUUCUAUCUGGUAUGAGAGACUGAACUACUCCAAAUAUAAAGAAUAAACCAUGUU